GAAAAUAUUUAAAUUUGAAAAAGAUUAAUUUUUCUCUUGAUAAAAAAGCGGAUAUUGAGUCCUGGAUCACGGGUAAUGAUAACAAUACUCAAAGUACUCCAAUUUUCACUUAUAAUUAUCAAUUAAUUGAUAGAAUGGAAGAGAUUGUGAAAAUUGAGCAAAUUUUUAAAAAUGAAAAAGAUCCUUUUGCUCUUUUGAUUCAGACAAAUACCGAAGAAAGGAAUCUAGUAAAUUCUAAAAAUUCUUUAUUGGAUUGGAUGGGACUGAAUGAAGCAAUACUCGACCGUCCAUUAACGGCUGAGGAACUUUCGGUCUUCCCAGAAUUUCUGUGGUUUGUUAAUAUAUAUAAAAUGAAACCAUGGAUUAUACCAAGCCAAUCACUUAUUUCUAAUUUGAAUCUCAAUGAUGAAAUGACGAAUCAAAAGAUCGGUAAAAUUAAGAAUAAAAACAAAGAUAAAAAGGAUAAAAAGAAAACUGAGGUGUGAAACCAAAGGUAAAACUGAGAGUAAAAAAAAAGAUAAAGCCGAGGGUCAAACCAAAGGGGAAACUAAAGGUGAAACCAAAGGUGAAACCAAAGGUGAAACCAAAGGUGAAACCAAAGGGAAAACUGAAGGUGAAACCAAAGGUGAAACUGAAGGGGAAACCCAGGGGGAAACUGAAGGGGAAACUGAAGGUGAAAAGAAAAGUCAAACUGAGAUAGAACUAGAGUUAUUCCUGAAAAAUUAUUUAUUUUUUCAAUUUAGAGAGGAUGAGGAUGUUA